UCAAGUCACUCUUAAAGCUCUUUGCUGAUCUUUUGACACCAUCCCAACUGCCCCCUACUAUAUAUCCUCUCAACUGGACCCCCAGAGGGUGUAUAUUUAAUUAUUACGUUUUCCGAUAGGUGCAAAUGUGGCUGUCGGAAAUAGUGAUACUCCUCUACUGUGUCUAAGAACAAUCAAAACACUCUUAAAGCUCUUUCCUGAUCCCCUGACACUAUUCCUACUCCCACCUACCACAUCUUGUCUCAAUUUGACCCCCAAAGUCUGUACACUUUAUCAUGACAUUUUCUGAUAGGGUCAAAUGUGGCUGUCAGAAAUUGUGAUCCUCCCCAACUUUAGGUGGGGCUGUAACAUUGACACUUGCACUUUUGCGAUAGCCGAUUAACCCACUUUUCAGCUCUGGGGGUCCAAUAGACCCUACUCACCUACAUCACAAAAUGGGCGUGUCGCUGUUUCCGGCCGCCAUAUUGUACCUAUUUUUUUAGACCUAUUCUCAUUGUUUUCAAUUAGUCGAGCAAGUUAUAGAGCAAUUCAUGGAAGCCCCGGUGUUAUCUGACGCUGUAAACUCAUUGGAUGCGUUGCAUAAAAGGCGUUACGUGGAAAAGCUUCAGUUUAUCCAUUCGCCAGAUCCGUAUUUGAUGCCUAAAUCGAUGUUUUUCGACCCGCUGGCUUCCCCGUCUUUGCCUGACAUCUGCUAUCCUGAUAUUUACAACUAUCUUGUCCACACAAAAUCAGCCUAUUCUCACGAAAGUUUGAAAAACUUUAAGAGCUUGGAGGCUUAUAAAUGCUACGUUGCUGGUUGGGUGAAACAGGUCCUCGUACACGAAAAUUCGGCAGGAAUCUUGUGCUUGGAAGAUCUAUGUGUCAGCCAAGCCCAUUGUCUUGAGCACCAGGAGUCUUCAUUCGUCAAGGGGGAGGAGGAAGAGUCGCCAUACAUCAAGGAGGAAGAGUCCAUUCACAAUAAAGGUUUCAGCAAAUAUCUUUGUCCUGACGCUCAACAGCUAAAGAGAGAAGUACAAAUUCCAAUCAAAAAGAAGGAGGUAGAGCUGACAUAUAUUAAAGAGGAGGACGAUAUCACCAUGUCGACUGGUGAGCCCUUGAAUAGCGAGGAUAGUCCGAGUGAGGCCAGCGGAGCGAUGGAGCCUCCAAGCAGCAGCUCAACAGAAGGAUCGCAAGCACACAUUUUCAUCACACCAUCAGAUAGAAAUGGCGCCACGUCACUCUCACCUUACAAAGAUGAUGGUCAGAAGAAAUCUCACCGUGACGACAAACUCUGCAAAUGCUCUCAGUGUGGGAAAACCUUUGUUAAUAAUUAUAGUUGUCGUAUGCAUAUGAGGAGCCACACUGGAAAAAAAACUUUUUCCUGCUCAAUUUGUGGUCAAGGAUUCAAUAGAAAGCAAAACUUGAAAAUACACACAAGAACCCACACUGGUGAAAAACCUUUUUCCUGCUCAGUUUGUGGAAAAAGAUUCACUCAGAAGAGCGACUUAAACAAACACACAAGAACCCACACUGGUGAAAAACCUUUUUCAUGCUCAGUUUGUGGUCAAAAAUUCACUCAGAAGAGCCACUUAAAUCAACACACAAGAAUCCACACCGGUGAAAAACCUUUUUCCUGCUUAGCUUGUGGUAAAACAUUCAGUUCCAAAAACAUCUUAAAAGUACACACAAGAACCCACACUGGUGAAAAACCUUUUUCCUGCUCAGUUUGUGGUAAAGGAUUCAGUCAUAAGAAUGCCUUAAAAGUACACACAAGAACCCACACUGGUGAAAAACCUUUUUCCUGCUCAGUUUGUGGUAAAAAAUACACUCAUAAGAGCCACUUAAAUCAACACAAAAGAACCCACACUGGCGAAAAACCUUUUUCCUGCUUAGCUUGUGGUAAAACAUUCAGUUACAAAAACAUCUUAAAAGUACACACAAGAACCCACACUGGUGAAAAACCUUUUUCCUGCUUAGUUUGUGGUCACAGUUUCAGUACAAAUACAAAGUUACAAAUACACACAAGGACCCACACUGGUGAAAAACCUUUUUCCUGCUUAGAUUGUGGUCAAGAAUUCAGUCGUAAGAGUACCUUAAAACUACACGCAAGAACCCACACUGGUGAAAAACCUUUUUCCUGCUCAGUUUGUGGUCACAGUUUCAGUGAAAAGGCAAAGUUACAAAUACACACAAGAACCCAUACUGGUGAAAAACCUUUUUCCUGCUCAGUUUGUGGUCAAGGAUUCACUCAAAUUCAAAACUUAAAAAUACACACAAGAACCCACACUGGUGAAAAACCUUUUUCCUGCUCAGUUUGUGGUCAAGGAUUCACUCAAAUUCAACACUUAAAAAUACACACAAGAACCCACACUGGUGAAAAACCUUUUUCCUGCUUAGAUUGUGGUCAAGCAUUCAGUUAUAAGAGUGCCUUAAGAGUACACACAAGAACCCACACUGGCGAAAAACCUUUUUCCUGCUCAGUUUGUGGUGAAAAAUUCGCUCGCAAGGAUUGGAUUAAGAGACACGUGUGUGUUGGUGUGAGAAGCAGUGGCAAAUGACUGUUUUGCCUGUCAUUCACGCUGCCUUCAUCAGAUUGUGCACGGAGGUCAAUUGUAGUCUUUAGAGUUUCCUGAAAUCCUAUUGAGGAUUGGCAGUAUUGGUGCCUUACAUGUGCUUUGUCCAAUCCUUGUAUGUUAUGGAUCCACACUGUUGCCAAAAGUAUUGGCUCACCUCAUGCAACUCUCAAGUUGAGUGGCAAUACUACUUUUCACAGCUAAUAUUUGAAACAGUAGACACCAAAUUACAAAAAUUCUAAACCCUUCAUCAAUAAUAUAAUUACAUAAAUAUGGAAAAUUAUGAUUGGCUCACAAAUAUUUGUUAUUUGCGGAGGGGUGAUUAUACAGUAUAUAAUUCAAAAAGUUACUAUUACUGCUCUUGAUUGACAGUGACAUAUUAUGGCAGAGUAUUAGGGCCAAAUAAAGGGAGGGGAAAAAAGGACUACGAGAUUAAAGUUUGUACUCUUACUACAAGAAAAAAAGUAUUAUUACGUAGGGGUACUGUAGCUGAAUAAGGGGCUACGCACUUUAUGUUCAUGUUCCUUAGCUGGUCUCUCCGACAAAGCAUCAGUAAAAUCAUUCCAUUGAUUAUAAUUUGAUGUAGAUGAGCUAAAAGAUAACUGAUUUUCUUAUUUUGGAAACUGAUUCUAAAACACAGCCUCACAAGAUGCUUUCAUUAUUGAUGACUUUAGUGGAGGCGGCAAAGUGCUACAGAAAGUACGUUGCUGCUUAUUCAGCUACAUUACCCCUACGUAACAGGACGACUUUUUUUCCUCCUACUAACAGUGCGACUAUAAUCUCGUAGUCCUCUUUUCUUUAUUUUGGCCUGAUACUUUUUCCGACAAAUUGGACAAUAAUGAUAAAAAUUGUUAGUGCUUUUAAUCAUUCAGGCCCACCCACGUCGAUGAAAAUCUCUCGACUCUGCUUCGAAUGUAAAGUGCUUGUACUUCACUGUGAUUAAAUUUAUUCAUUAUAAACAACUUUUUAUUCAGGCCUAACCUCCUCUUCCCUUUGUUCAGAACAAGCCUAAUUAUGAUUAUAAUAUUAUAACUCAAAACUAGGGUUGUAACUAAAACCGAUACUUUGUUACAAAGUUGAUUCUAAGAUUCAGAAAAUGUGACGGUACUGCCUUUACUGCAAUACCCGAAGGAUCGCCGGUACCGACACGACAGAUCUGGCUGCUGCUUUUGUGUGGCAUACGAGGAGAAACAAGUUGCCGGACAAGCGGUCAAUUACACCGCUAAAAUGGGGGUUGUAAAUGAGCAGUUAUGUGGCAAUCCAGGCUGUGCUAAAGAACGAGAGUAGAAUUUACCUUUUUUUUUUUUUUUUUGCCAAAUAAGGUCCCUUUUUUUAGGACACCAUUACCUUCUUUUCCAAACUGUUUUUUUCUUCAACCAUCCCGAGCAAAAGAUCCUUGUGUCAUCUGCAAAUAAAACAAAUUUUAGUAUUCUUGAAACUUUACGUAUAUCAUUUAUAUAAAGAAUAAACAGUUUUGGACCUAACACUGAACCCUGGGGGACGCCACAAGCAAUGUCCAAGCAUGAUGAUGAAUAGUUACCCUCUUCAACCAGUGUAGUGCCAGCCCCCUGAUCCCAUACUCUUCAAGUUUAUUGAUCAAAAUGUCAUGAUUAACAGUGUCAAAUGCUUUAAGAUCUAAGAAUAUUCCAACUGAGUGUAAUUUGUGAUCAAUAGCAUUACUGAUCUCCUUAAAAUAUUCAAUGAAAGCUAGUGAUGUUGAACUGUUUGCCAUAAAUCCACCCUGACUGUCAAAAAGUUAUUUUUACUUAUGAAUUUGUUUAAUCUGUUGUUGAAUAAUUUUUUUUAAAGAAUUUUGGAAAAUUGUGGAAGUAGAGAAACAGGCCUGUAAUUUGUGAGGUGGUGUCUAUCUCCAGUCUUGUAUAAUGGCACUACUUUAGCUAUUUUCAUUUUGUUUGGAAAUUUACCCGUUGAAAAUGAUAAGUUACAGAUAUAUGUUAGUGGUUUUGAAAUCCCCUCAAUGACCUUUUUCACAACUGCCAUGUCAAUGUCAUUUGAAUCAGUGGAUGUUUUACAUUUACAUGUAUUUAUAGUUAGGGCCCGAGCACUAGACGUGCGAAGGCCCUAUUGUUUUGCAAAGGAUUAUUAUUAUUAUUUAUUUAUUUAUUUAUUUUCAGGGCAAAUGAAAACGGCCAAUUUGGAGGCCUGAACAUGCGCGAAAAGUCACCAAAAUUUGCACAUACGUGCGGAAAAUUGUAAAUUUUAAUAAUUUAACAACGUUGCAAAAAAAUGUAACAAAAUGGCUCAGUGGCGCCCCCUUGAAAUUUUAAAAUUGGCCUAUAACAUUAGGGUUUGUCAGCGUUUAGCAAUGAAAUUUGGGGAGUCUAUACCUUGUCUAAAACCGCUUCAAAAAAGCAUUGGCACCCAUAUUCCAAACCCAACAGGAAAUCGGUUAUUUUGGAUCGAAUAUGAAAUUUUUAUCGAUUUACAGGGUGCACAUUUGAGACCUUUUCGCCGAGGGAGUUAGUUGGAUCAUCUUCAAAAUUGGUGAGACUGUUCAGGAGACAUAUGAGAUCUUAAGUUUCUAAAAUGGUGUGUUUUCAUUUACGGGUCUGACCUGGGCGUGGUGCCAAAGUCGGCCAUUUUUUCGGCAAAACACCGAAUUCAGUAAAUGGCUAAUAAUUCCUUGACACAACUUUCAAUCUUUUUCAUAUCUGCCAUGUAUAUGCGGUAUCCCAGCCUAAACACGACUGCAUUGAAAUAUUACCCAUUAGGCCUAGCGCCCCCUAGUGAGAACAGGAAAUGCCUUUUUUUACGAGACAGGUUCCUCCUCCAAGGGAAAAAAAUCUGUUGACCUCAAACCUGCAUCAGGGGAGCCUUAAGACCUGUGUUCAGGUGCCUGAUGAAAAAUAUUGAGGUUUCGUUGAAGCGGAGGGGUCCAAACAUGAAAGUGAAAAUGAUCGUCAACAAUUUGUCUCGCAAAAUACUUUGAACAGUCAUAACUCAGCAGAUAUACAACAUAUCCGCGCCAAACUUCCCAUGCUUGUUGAGAGUCAUACCCUGAAGGGUCCUGUAGGGGUCAUUUGCAUCAACUCUACAGUGCCAACUAGUGGCGACAGAAAGGAGUUUUAAAAAAGGCCUUUCCUAUUGGGUUUUUUCAACGUAGAGCAAUGAAAUUUGGGGAGUAGAUACCUUAUGCCUAACUGCUCAAAAAAGCCUCUUGCACCCAUAUUCCAAAUCCAACAGAAAAUCGGGUAUUUUGGAUCGAAUGUGAAAUUUUUGUCCAUUUCUAGUACAGUUUACAUUUGGAGGCCUGGACAUGCACGAAAACUCACCAAAUUUUGCACAUACAUGCGGCUUUGUGUGGAUUUUGAUAAUCUUGAAACGUUACAAAAAAAUGUAACAAAAUGGCUCAGUGGCGCCCCCUUGAAUUUUUCAAGUUUUCAGUUUUAAAAAAGGCCUUUCCUAUUGGGUUUUUUUAACGUAGAGCAAUGAAAUUUGGGGAGUCGAUACCUUGUGCAAAACUGCUCCAAAAAGUCUCUUGCACCCAUAUUCCAAACCCAACAGGAAAUCGGGUAUUUUGGAUCGAAUGUGAAAUUUUUAUCAAUUAACAGGGUGCACAUUUGAGACCUUGUCACAGAGGGAAUCAGUUGGAUCAUCUUCAAAAUUGGUUAGACAAUUCAGGAGACAUAUGAAAUCUAAACUUUUCAAAAUGGUGCGUUUUCAUUCAUGGGUCUGACCUGGGCGUGGUGCCAAAGUCGGCCAUUUUUUCGGCAAAAUGACAAAUUCAGUAAAGGACUAAUAGCUCCUUGAAACAACGUUCAAUCUUUUUCAUAUCUGGCAUGUAUAUGCGGCAUCCCACCCUUAACACAAGUGCAUUGAAAUAUUACUCAUUAGGCCUAGCGCCCCCUAGUGGGAACAGGAAAUGCCUUUUUUACGAAACAGGCUCCUCCUCCAAGGAAAAAAAAUCUAUUCACCUCAAACCUGCAUCAGGGGAGCCUUAAGACAUGUGUUCAGGUGCCUGAUGAAAAAUACUGAGGUUUGGUUGAAGCACAAGGGUCCAACAGGAGAAGUAAAAAUGACUGAAGCCAUUUCGUCUUACCACAAGUUUUGAACAGUCAUAACUUGUACAACAUAUCUGCGCCAAACAUAUCGUGCUUGUUGAGUCGUAGUCUGAAGGGUCCUGUAGGGGUCAUUUGCAUCAACCCUACAGCGCCAACUAGUGGCAAUAGAAAGUCACUCAUUUUUUAAAAUAUAUGUCCAGUUCUUUUCAGGUUGGUCAUUGUAGUUUCAAGACCUUUUAAAAUACUUAUUUUACGGCCCAUGUCCACAUGUCUCUGUCUGUUGCUGUGAUGACCCUUUAUUCGCUCCUUUUUUGUAGUCCUCUGUCCAAUAGGGGUUUUUAUCUCUUAGGUGUGUGAAUGUAAAGAGGCAACUUUCGCGCAUGUUAGGUUCUAAUGAGAUGAUUAGAGAGGACGAUCUGCCACCACCCUGACCUGCACACUGUCCGAGUUGCAUGACGUCCGAGUUGCGCUAGAUUGCGAGGGCCCGUUCAGUCCUGCUUGCAGGCCUAGUUUACUAUUGUAUUCUUUCCUACAUACCCUUAUGAUAUUGGUCAGUAUAGUUUUUUUCUGCCUCUGUAUUUCUUUGUUUUAUGAAUUCUUUAUACAGUGUAUUUUUUGUUGUCUGCUCUGCCAUUGUAUUGGCCAGUUUUUUUUUUGUUUUUUUUUAUCAUAUAAUGAUGUGAAUAUAUUCAAAAAUGUUUCAUUUACA